AAUAUUUAUUGAAAACACAAGAGCAUUUCAUUACACUCGGAUAACAGACUUAACCAGCAAAUCUCUCAAAGCAUACCAAAAUUUGGUAUAGACACAUCCGAGGCACGUUGUCUUACGUUUGGCAUCAUUAUUUAACCCAGCGAGAUAAAUAUAAGAUAUCUACGCAGAGGCAAGCGAUUUGCUGCUUUAUGGAAUUGUUAAAGAUUGGCGAAAAGAUUAACAUAAGGCGGUCUGACGGAUGCAUACAAUCCGUAAUAGUUGGCUUAAAGAGUAUCGAUCGUCAAGUGGUUACCGUUGAAUGGACUGAAGGUUCCAAGAUUAAAGGCAAGGAGGUAGCCUGGAGUGCUGUACUAGAAUUGAAUCCGUCUGUGGGAAAAAGGAAGGUUAAGAUUGUGGAGAAGAUACCCUCAAAAGUCGAGACAAAAGCGCAGAGCUCUCCAAACUAUUAUAUGUAUCGUAAGAAAAUCGCAAACAGCCCUUAUAAGAAACGUCUUCGUGGUGUUAGUAAAUCCGAUAUGGUCAUGACUCCAACAUCCAUUGUAAAGCAAUCAAACCCACCUGGGGACAACUCGAUUUUGAAUCAGUCGAGUUCCUCGAGCCUCGUGCCCCGUUCAAGUGUUGUCCGUGAGAUCGAGCGGUUGAAGGAGCAACGGGAACUUCGCCGUGCUCUUCAGGAUGAACAGCGGCGAGAACGCAGUGCAUUGAAGAGCAAAGAUCCAAAUAAUCCCAACUGGGAAGUGGCCCUAAUGGUGCGCACUUAUCGUGACCAGUUACAAUUGAAUCCGUUGCGCUAUUUUAAUCCGCACUUAGCUCGGGUUCAACAGAUUACCGUGUGCGUUCGAAAGCGGCCAAUGAGUCGACGCGAACUGCAGGGAAAGGCUGUGGAUAUUAUCUCAGUGCCAAAUCGUGAUUCACUGAUCGUUCACGAACUACGCCACAAAGUGGACUUGACCAAGUUUCUGGAGCAUCACAAGUUUCGCUUCGACUACACUUUCGAUGAGGAAUGCAGCAAUAUGCUGGUCUACGAGCACACUGCUCGUCCGUUGAUUCUCACUAUGUUUGAGGGCGGUAAUGCCACUUGCUUUGCCUAUGGCCAGACGGGAAGUGGCAAAACCCACACUAUGGGUGGCGAGUUUCGUGGCAAGACCCAAGACUGUACUACAGGCAUUUACGCCCUUGCCGCUAAAGAUGUCUUCUCGGAGCUGGCCAAGCCCAAGUACCGCGAUCAAGGCGCUACUAUCACUUGCAGUUACUUCGAAAUCUAUGGCAGCAAAGUCUUCGAUUUGCUAUUGCCAGAUAAGCCAAUGCUUCGUGUACUGGAAGAUGGCCGUCAGCAAGUAGUGAUUUGUGACUUGACCCAAAGGCCAGUUACCAAAGUCGAGGAAGUGCUUAGCAUCAUUGAACAGGGAAAUCGGGAGCGCACAUCCGGCCAAACUUCUGUGAAUAUUAAGUCAUCGCGAUCACAUGCAGUCUUCCAAAUGUCGCUUUUUGUGCCUGGUCAGGCUGAAGCCUGCGGCAAGUGCUCCUUUGUCGAUUUGGCCGGCAAUGAACGUGGUGCGGACACACAGUCUGCCAGUCUUCAGACACGCCGCGAGGGAGCCGAGAUUAAUAAGUCCCUGUUAGCUCUCAAGGAGUGUAUUCGAGCAUUGAGUCGACAUUCAAGUCAUUUGCCUUUUCGUGGCUCAAAGUUGACCCAAGUGCUGCGUGAUUCAUUCAUUGGGGGCCAACAGAAUAGGACCUGCAUGAUAGCUAUGAUAUCACCUAGUUUGAGUUCCGUGGAGAACUCUUUAAAUACGCUGCGGUAUGCGGAUCGUGUUAAGGAAUUGAUAGCUAAGGAGGAUGAUCCAGGAGAGGUUAGUUGCAGUCAACCAUGUUCAGAUGGUGGUGGAAAGAGUUCUGAAAUGGAUGAUGACCUGCAGCCACAUAUGGAGCAAAGCUCUUCUGAAUUCAAAUACAAUACAGAUACGGAAUCGGAUGAUUCUGAGUCCGACAUCAUGAAUAAGUCCAACGGAUUUAUGGACUUUUCUUCUAGCCAAAUUGCAGAGUUUAACAUUUCAUUCAAUGAAAGUGACAGUCACCCGGACAUUAGUGAGAUCGAUAGUGAAAGAAAAACUGAUCAACAUUACAUUGAAAUGGAAGAUGUGUUGAGGCAACACGAUGUGCUCUUUGAGUUCUUCCUUAGUUUCAAACAGAAGUAUGACAAGGUCUCUUCUGAGACUUCAUCAUUAAAGAAAGGUAUGCUUGUCUCAAAGUUUUUGAUGGAUGCAGAGACGACAUUACGUGAACUGGAGAGUGCCGUAAAGCAUACUCAGCAUAUGGUCACCAGCUUCAAUUCACAGCAAUACUUUGAUGAUGGGGAUGAGGAUCAGGGCGCAGAGAACAUCGAGAUGUAAUAGAAGGUAUUCAUAUUUUAUUUAUUUUGUAUGACACAUCAUUGUAUUGCUUUUUAGCUGAGCUCGUCUAAAUAUAUGUAAAUAUAGUUACAUAAAUGUAAA